AGAGGAGUCGCCCCCUGCUGGCUGUUAGAAAGAACGACAGUUUAAGGGUCUUCAUUGCAUUGGCUUCACUUCUCAGCCCACUGGAUUAUACUCACAACACCAAUCUUACAUCAAACACCAGGGACGAAUAAGUAGAUUUGUAGAUUUAACCUUCAGGAAACUGUUAAUGGAGAAUGACAAUGAGGAUUUAAGAUUUAUUCUGACUUAUUGACUGAAUAGGAAUCAGAGAGAGAUAGAGAGAGAGAGAUGGCCAUCUGCCCAUCAGUGUUGGCGGGACAGCUGACUAUGGUUGCCACAACAAACAUACUUGAUGCGUGUCUCUCUCUCUCUCUGCUGGUUCAUGUUUUGCUUCCUCUUGCACUCAGCCCUCCGUUGUGUUGUGUAUUCAUGCACGUGUCCACUCUCGUCUUAUCAAACUAAGAGCUGCCCUGUGGUUGACGGCUACGCCAGCUGUAAACCACACACACACACCCAUUUGCACACAAUUGAAAUCAAAUAAAACACACACAAGCUCACAUAAAACACGUGCACACGACAAACCAAGGGAACAUAAAGUGUUUUUGUUUUUUUCAACAUCAAUAAUGCAGUUAACUAAUUCACAUCUACUUGAAGAGUGACUCAGGGUAAAAAAAACAGUCUAAAAAUAGAUGGAGCGUCUUAUAAAUAGUCUUAACUGAGCAGUGUAGCUUCACCUCGUUGCCCCACGCUGACACUGUCACUUUGGCCUUGACAUUGAUCGUAGCCAGCCAGACUAAGAGGCAGUGACAAGGUGGUGUUACAUAAGGGGUGUUUUUGCUCAAUAUUAAGCAUUGCUUUUAUGCUUUAUUAUCAACAUAGUUUUUCCCAGUUCUCCUCAUCCUGGAGGCAUGUAGCUUCUCAUUAUUGCCUCAAACAGAUGGCCGGGUAUCGACACCCUAAGAGCCAGGUCAUAAAGCUGUGUUUCACUGGAGCUGCAUUGAGGUCUACAGUAGUACUUAUGCAUUUAUUUAUGCAACCACUUGUGCUGUCUAACAUUUACCUUUACCUGGAGCUCCCAUUGGUCAAAUUGUGUAACAGCAUUAUGAAUUAUAAUAAGGGUAAUGUGCACACCAUUACAUCACCGAGGUGUUUAUUGAUAAUUAUUGAAGUGUGUAAUCUGCUGCAUGAGGAGGACAUGUGUGGACGUGAUGACGAGAAGGCAACUGGCUAAUAGAGAGCAACUUCAUGUGGUCGUGACUUCACACCCACAUGUCUCAUUAGAAAAAUAAUGACUUCUGUAUUAUUUAUAUGGAUAGUAUUGUUUCUGCUUUUGGAACUGCAAACUUGCCCCGAAAAAGUGGUCUUGGGAUUUAAUGAUAUUUUUCAAUAUGUAUAUUUUAUUCCUACAAAAUAUGGAUAUAUAUGUCAUUGUCAUCCAGUAGUGACCAUGUGUGUAUUCUUAUAGAGUUAUAACAAAUGAUGAAGUGUAAAUGAAUCGGUCACGGGGGGUGAUGUUACCUCACUGUAUGUGGAGCACUUAUAUGUCCUCUCUGGCACAUUAGCAAUAAACAGUGUGACUUUAUUAGCAGGAGUUAAGGGACAUUACUGAAGACAGUAAGCAUCAGUUUGUUAGUCUGCCUUUAGCUUGAUAGCUAUGGGUUGUGGCAUUGUGUUAGCUUCACUCUGCAGGUAUUAGUGUAAUGAGCUAUACUUCAUCUUUCCAUAAUAUGCACCGUGGCAAUCUCUGUUAGCACUUUGAAGCUAGCUGACAUUGAAUUUAGCUCAUAUAGUCAUUCAAAUGGAUCGUAUUUUGCAUUUUGCAUUUUGCUUUUGCACCGUGCAUGUGCUUAUUCCAUCCCUCCCCUGCUAAAAUGAUCAACCUUUGAAUGCCCGUUGUGUUCAUUCAUUUUGGGUUAGCCACGUCACCUCUGCCAACACUGCACUGCUCUCCUGCUAACUGCUUUUACAUGCUAUGCCGCUCAGCGUCAGGCCUGGGAGUCUGAGCCUGAGUUACUAUAGCAACCUCACAGAAGGACAAAGUAGAGGAGAGGGGGGGGACGAUGCUCACAUACGAAUGGAAGGCGGGAGCAAGCUGGCGGUACUGCUGCCUCUGAUUGGCUGUAGGCGUCCUCUAACCCCGCCCACCCUACUGUGUCAUGAUUAUCAUCAUUUCUGCUGCAAAACCCGUGACUGCUGCUGCUGCUCUCCCUCUCUCACUCUGUAUCUCUGUGUUUAUUGAGUCAUUGUCAGAGAUGCGGUGGUCCAUGUGUAGAGCUCGUGCUGUCACUGAGCGAGGAAUGUUACCAAAGAGAAGACUACUGUUAUAAUAUGACCUCAGAAAGAGUCGUCCAGAGGACAGACUGGCAGGAGUACAGGAAGAUGAAUUGACAAGGAGCUAUAAAUGGAUGGAGGCAUGAGAGGACAGAAUCUGGCACGUUUGCUGAAGCUUUGGAGUGACUGAGGAAAACUAAUGGACAGAGAAGAAAGAAGACAGAGACCAAAGGACACAGACUGACAGGAAAUGGCAGAUUCCAACUGACAUACUGGAUGAGACGGUGAAGAAUUAACAAUGGACAAAAGGACAAUAAAGUGACAACUGAUGACGCAAUUAACGGUCGCGUGGGAUGACACGCAGAAACAGCACCACAACAAAUAUGGAACAUAAUACGCUGACAGUUUGCCGUUGAUGAGGGUGGGACAGGAUGGACAUAUGAUGAGAAUGGGCAGGCUGUCACAAAUAAUGACUGUGUGCCAGCUGGUAACUGCUAAGCAUGCUGGGAUAGCAGAUCUGGACGCUGAGUAACGGACACUAUCGGUAACUAGCAAGACCCCCAGCAACAACCGGUUGCCUCAAAGCAUGCUGGGACAUUGGGUUUGCCGGAGAUGUUACACCUGAGUAUGCUGGGACACUGGAGACAACACAGCUGUCUGUCAGAGCAGUGAGGAUGAACAGACGAGGCCUGACCCGAGGUCAGAGGUUUGUCAAGGCAGACUACUACGAACUGGACUGGUACUAUGAGGAGUGUACUGAUGUACUGUGUGCCGACAGAGUGGGCCAGAUGACGAAGACCUACAGUGACAUCGAUGCUGUCACUCGACUGUUGGAAGAGAAAGAGCGGGAUUUGGAGUUAGCAGCUCGCAUCGGACAGUCGCUGCUGAAGAAGAACAAAGCUCUCAGUGAGAGGAACGAACUGCUGGAGGAGCAAGUAGAGCACAUACGAGAGGAGGUGUCUCAGUUACGUCACGACUUGUCCAUGAAAGAUGAGCUGUUACAGUUCUAUACCAGCGCUGCAGAGGAGAGUGAGGGGGAGUCUAGCACCUCCACACCUGUGCGUCCCAGUGAAAACAACGUGUCAACUCCUAUUUUCUUCCCCCUGGACUCCCUGCAGAAGAAACUCAAAGAUCUGGAGGAAGAGAACAAAUCCUUGCGAUGUGAGGCCAGUCAUUUGGAGACAGAAACUAUUUCCUACGAGGAGAAAGAGCUGCAACUUGUCAACGACUGUGUCAAAGAGCUACGUGAUGCCAACGUGCAGAUUUCCUCUCUGGCUGAAGACCUGGCCAGGAAGACUGAAGACGCCUCCAGACAGCAGGAGGAGAUCACUCACCUCCUCUCCCAGAUAGUAGACCUCCAGAAGAAGGCCAAGAUGUAUGCCGUGGAGAACGAGGAGCUGACUCAGCACUUAGGUGCAGCCAAAGACGCCCAGCGACAACUCACUGCUGAAUUGCGAGAGUUACAGGAUAAGUAUGCAGAGUGCAUGGAGAUGCUUCAUGAGGCUCAGGAGGAGCUGAAGAACCUGAGAAAUAAAACUCUACCACUCAGCACACCGAGGCGUUUCCAUUCUCUGGGUCUGUUCCCAAUGGACUCUCUGGCAGCAGAAAUAGAGGGCACCAUGAGGAAGGAACUUCAGAUGGAUGAUCCAGAUGUAGAAGAGCAGAGACUGCACCCAAAGCGAGUGUUCCAGACGGUGAAAAACCUGAAUCUGAUGCGUCAGCAGCGUUCAUCGCUAGCCCCCUCCCCCCUCAACAUCCCAGGCUCCAAUCGGACGUCGUCCCUCACCUCAGGGCUCUCCAGCAGGGUGGGCACGCCGCGCUCCAACUCCAUUUAUGGUAGCGAGACGGGGAGUGGGAUCAUCCUGGACAACAGGACUAGCAGCAUCCUGGAGGGUCCAGACGACGGGUCAGAGGAUUCCAACAAGCGUCCCCCUGGAACCCCGGGGACCCCUGGCAGCAGGGACCUGGAAGCAGCCCUGCGACGUCUGUCCCUCCGCCGCGACAACUACCUCUCAGAAAAACGCUUCUUUGAGGACGAGAGGGAGAGAAAGCUGGCUUACCUGGCCAAAGAGGACGAAAAGGGAAGUGGAGGCCCCGGGACGCCGACAGAGAGCCUGCUGUCGCUGUGCUCGCAUCCCUCCUUCGGAAGCGUCUGGUCGGGGUACUCCUUCACGGCCAGAUCCUACCUGCCGGAUAAGCUGCAGAUUGUAAAGCCGCUAGAAGGCUCUGCUACCCUCCACGCUUGGCAGCAGUUGGCUCAACCCCACAUGGGCGCUCUGCUGGACGAUCGGCCUGGCGUCGUCACGAAGGGCUUCCGCACGUUAGCACACGAGCAGGAACAGGAAGACGGCUGGCACCUGGACCAACCGGAGGAGGACGAAGUUUCAUGUGACUCGUUUGCUGGCCUGUCAGGAGAGAGCUCUCCUCCCGUGGAUCUGCCUCGUUCUACCUCUUCUCCUACCGUCUGCUGCAUCAAAAAUGGAGACGUCGAUGACGACAGCCAAUCGGACCCAUUGCAAGGGGCUAGAGAAGCGACUCAAGUGAAAGACGGACAUGUUGCAAACAUGCCUCUGUCCUUCUCCUGCCCCUCCCCUGCUUCUUCUCCUCUCCCCUCUUCCUCCGAGAUGAACGGGCACGUGAACCUCAAGGAGCUCCAGGCCUUACAGGCCGCCGCAGUGGACCGUAUGCCUGUUCAUUUCCCAGGGAAGUGUAUGUCUCAAACCAGCUCUACAUACACCUACACCACCUGCAGGAUCCUCCACCCUUCUGAUCAGCUGACCUCAGUGUCCCCGAGCUCAGCUCUAUCCUCUUGUCAGAGCAGUGCUUGCAUCGGCACCCCCACGACCACCCCCUCUCCUAUACCCUUCUCUGCCCCAGCUACACCCUCCUACACCCCCUCCUACACUCCUACCUGCUGCACCCCCUGCUGCACUCCACGCCGCCUCUCCCUCUCCCUCUCACUAGCCGAGUCCUCCACCAACCUUCGGGACUCCACCAAGACCACCAGCACCUCCCUGGGCCUGGUGCGCCUCCUGCUAGAGCACGGGAUCUCCGCCUCAGUGUAUGACCCCCGCAGCUGGGACCGAGGGCUAGAUGUCAGCGGAGCCUCGACUCCCGUGGGAGGAGCGCAAGCGCAGAGGAUCACCGACACGCCGGAGGAGACUGAACACAGACGAUCGAUGAAACGCCCAGACACCCUCCUCCUCCUUCAGCCCUCCACCCCGCCCAACUCCCCUCGCUCCAAAUCUGCCUCUUCUACCAACACCCGCACACUUUUUCAGUUCAGCCCUUCAACCGAUGACCCGCCGUUUUACGACACCUUCCUCGCCUCGAAGCCAGCUCGUACCAUUCUGAGGGAAGUGCUGGGGGAGGUGGAGAGGGAGCGAGGGGGGCAAACGGAUGACGACAGCCAAACAGAGAAGCUGAACCUGCGACUUGUGGACAAGCUGAAACGUUUCCGCACCCUCCCCCAUCACGCUGGUUCGGCUUCAUCUGGGAGUACUCUAUUAGCCCCCUUUGGCUCUACUGGACUGGGGAACAGCGCACUGGGUGGGGGGCUUCCAGGUUUGAAUGCAGGGCUGAGGAGGAACCGAAGCUAUCCUGCCAUGGUAGGGGCCAGCAUGGCCAUGAAAGACCCAGGAGGCCCCCCCAGCACAGAGAUAGUCCUACCACAUACGAUGCAAACCACACAUACCAAACACAGCGUGCACACGCAGGAAAUGCAAACUAAUCACACACUGGCCAUACACAUACCACAGACACUACAUGAACUGGAAACAGUCACACCACAGACGGUGAAACGGAGACACAUUAGGCCAAACGACGGACUGUGGCAUUCAACAAGCAAUGACCAACACAGUGAUGAUGAAACUGGGACAUAAUGGGAGAUAUCCAGUGUACUAGCUCAUAUUACAACAAUAACAUUUUACACUAUACAACAUUAUACAUGUGCAAAACCAAAAACCCUACACAACUAUAUAGACAUCCUUCAGCUAUCCACAGACCAAACAGUACAACUAAACAAUACGUCCUCUCUCCUAACCUCCUGACACGGUUACACUGUGUUCUACUCAUAUACCGUCAGACCAGACUAAUGAUGAUGGAGUACGUUGCCUUCCUCUGUGUCAUUGUAAUUGUAUAUUGUAUAUGCAAUAUACUGUGUUAUAUAUAGUAUAAUAUUAAAGGCCCAAUCUGGUGGAAGCACUGCAGAGAUUUCCCACAACCCUUUUUCAGUCUCAUUUCCCUUCUUUAACACACGAGUUUUAAAUGUACGAUACUGGCCUGAAUAAUAUAACAUGAUGAAGAAAUGGGGGCCGUAUAUUCCGCGACUACAUAGUUAUGCAUUCAGUCAGCAGAUGUUUACGGUUACUGGGCUUAAGAUGCUGUGUCAUGGGUCCUUUUUAACCUUAAUGUCGCUAGGCUAGCAAGUUCCAUCAAGGCACUGCAACACAAACAUCUCGAGAGAGCGUUUCCCCCAUUAAAGACCAUCAUAAACAACAAGUCUGUAAAGUGGUUGACAGUAAACAAGGUCUUUGUAGUCUUUGGCUUGUUAAUUAAAGGACCAGUGUGUAGGAUUUAGGGGGAUCUAUUGGCAAUAUAAUAUUCAGUUGGUUUCAAUCUGCAACCUCACCGCUAGAUGCCACUAAACCCUACACACUGCUCCUUCAAAUAGUUUAUACUAUAAACUAUAUAAACUUUGUCAGAGUGCACAAAGGGACUAUUUUGUGCGUCACGUCAUCUCAGUUUGAGCUGAGACUAAGAACUGAGAGACUAACGUUUAAGCCAACCAGGAAGACAAAUUCUCUCCCAUUGUAAAGAGUCCUAUUCAUAGAAAUAGAAUAGGAGUAGAACGGACAUUGAGCUGUUUUCCAUGCUCAUUUGACCAGUACAAAAGAAAAUGGCAAUUGUUGUUAGUUGUUAUGGUGACAACAGAACGCACCGUAAAGUCUGUAAAGUGUGGUCGCAGCUCGCCGUGAAGAGAGCGGACGCAGCUCUGGAAAUAGAUGGCUGGCUAGUUAGCUUGUUAGCUUGUCCCUUAGGCAGAGGGACGGUUGGACCCGGCGCUGCCACUGGCCACCAGCCCACUGGCCACCAGCAGCCCACUGGGCUGGCCCACUGGCCACCAGCAGCCCACUGGUCUGGCCCACUGGCCACCAGCCGACUGGGCUGGCCCACUGGCCACCAGCAGCCCACUGGGCUGGCCCACUGGCCACCAGCAGCCCACUGGGCUGGCCCACUGGCCACCAGCCCACUGUUCAGCUCGUUUUCUGAAACCAGUGUAGCAAUAAAGCAUGGCGGAAUUAGCAUGCUAGCUAACCAGCCAGCUGUCCACUAGUUAGCUAGCUAGCUAAUUCCAGCAUGCUUUAAUGCUACACUGGUUUCAGGAAACGAGCUGAACAAAGUUGUCCCUCAUCUGGAGAUAGCAAUGUGCUUUCCUCCGCUGUGACCAGAGUGUGUGGAUGAAGCAUUAAGUUGUUCUAUUGAACUUUUGUAUUUCCUCUGGCUCUCUGUGCUUCGUAACAUUACUUGUUUUAGUCAUUACUGCAAAUGCGACUUGCAGUUAGUGGGUUUAGUUUAUACGGUCCGUUAGUCCGCUACAACAGACGCAAUGGCAACAUACAUGAAACAGGUCAAAAUGGCCACCACUCUGACCAUCCUGCUACGUUGAUUUGAAUGGGAAUGUCUGUUCUACUCCUAUUCUAUUUCUAUGGUCGUAGUAAAGAUGGCUGUGAAUCAUGAAUGGUGCUAGACUAUUACCAGAGCCUUUAUUAAGACGUACCAUUCUAUUAUAGACUGUAGUGUAUUUUGAUUUAAAUGUGGCAACACAUUGAACAAGGUUCACUUCCCCUCCUUGUUUCAUUCAAAGUGCACAACAUUGUCAUCUUAUAUUCGGGCCACUAUGGUAUUUUUAAGUCCUUAACUAACUGCACUGGAGUUAAAUGGAAGUUAUCUCGUCACAUGCAGUGGCAUUGGCACUAGAGAUUAUUUUCUACGAGCGACUCUUUUUUCUUCCUCUCUGUAUGUAUGUGUCUGUGUUUUCAAAAAGAAUCCAGAUUGGGACUUUAAUGUGAGAUCUCGCUGUGACUCACUGUUCUUAUGUGCCUGAAAACAGUUAACAUACUGUAUCUCAUUGGGUUUGCAUUAUUUCAUUACUUUAUUAUUUGAAUUCAGUAGAGAGAGUAAAUGAGAAUAAUUGUGCAGAUUAAUGAACCUGCUGAGGGGCUCACACAUGCUCAUUUAUGUCUAUUUUUGGCUCUUUGUUUUCGUCUCCUAAUGAGUGUGGGUUCAUUUAUAAUCCAGCGGGACAUGUAGCGUAUUACAGAAUACAGUAAUACAGAACCGGUCCAGCGACACAGACACCUUUUAAAACACUGACAAGAGGCAGACCUUUUCCUUUGGAUCACAUGAAUAAUAAUUGACACCGUAUAAUUUAUUUUGUCAAAAUCAAACAAGCGUGUGGAUGAAGAAAAAGCAAUAUUAAGCGUUAUAAAACGUUUCUGAAUGUAACUGUAGAAGGAAUGACUUGAAAUAUCCAAAUGUUGGUUUUAAGAGCAAGAGGUUGAUCUUUUAUCAGUUUGUUGGUAUCACUGACCCAGUUCCAGUGUCCACCCUCGGGAACGCCCCGACAUCUUGUACACUUUUACGUAAAUCUUAGCAAGCUAUAUUUGAAAUGAGAGCAACACUAUCAACCUUUAUUAGAAAUAUGACCCUGCACACACUUUACUGGCCACAUUAAGAUGGAUCCCCAGCACCCUCAUGCUGAUCAUGUUGGUGUCAGUUCAAGUUGGACAUUGGGACGGGGCCACCGACCGACUGACUGACUGACUGACUGGCUGACUGUCAGAGAAUGAAUGGCUGGCUCUGACGCUGGCAGUGAUCUGUUGAAAUCCUUAAUGAUUAAGGGGUUAAACUAGCAAUGUUAUUGAGUGAGAGAUUAAUAAAUAUAUUUAUGAAAUACUUGCAUUAUUAGAAGCACGCAUAUAACUGAUUGUCCAUUGUACAUGUUUAAGUGAAAGACUUUUUGCAGAUUGUAUUUAUAUUUUUAACAUCAUUUUUUCAAGGGACAGUUUGUGUUCUUACGGUUAAAUGACGCUAGCAGCUUCAUAGAAACAUUUCCAUUUAAAACAAUUGGUACGGUUAGCUGUCUGCAAGCUUACAGUACAUCAAUGCUGCCCAAAAACAAUCUCCAGUGUUUAACAAUGAUACUAAGUGCUAAGACUGAAGGGACGAGUAGUUGGUGUGUUUGUGUGUGUGUGCUUGCCUUUCUGUGCGUCAAUCAUCUGAAUGUAAGCAGUAAUCCUGCUGUAGGGCCAUAUAUCUGUACAGUUUGUUGAUUUAUCUUCAGUUUGUGUUAACCUCAGAAGGAAAACUAUUAUCACACUGUAAAUGUAUGCAACACAUAUAGUCAUGCUAACUUUGUUUUUAAAAAAGAGAUAAACUGUAACAGUAGAAAACAAGAAUACAGGGAUUUAAGUUGUUUAUUUUCAGUAAAAAGGGAAAGAAACUUUUCUGUUCAGGGACUGAAGUGUUCUAUUCUACAGAACAGACUACCGUCAAUAAAAAUGAAAACACAGA